AUGGUUGACAAAAACAGCAACGCGUCCUCAGCAACACUCGCCAAAACCUCUCCCCAUCCACAUCUUGAGCAGAAUAUCAACAAACGCAAGGCUGAGGAAUCUCUCCCCGGUCAACCAGCAGACAAGCAAAAACGCAAAAACAGCUCAAGUCUCUACAGUCCUCAGAAAACCUCGGAGUUCUCAACACUUACAAGAUUGCUCGUCCAGGAGACCGAUUACCUAGAGAUCAACAAACGAAGAUUCAUAGAUUUCACACAAACUCUGGCCCAAUUACAUUCCCGUUAUGGUGCGAUGCAUACGAUGGAUGUUUAUGAUACUGCGCUGGCACCACUGGGCGACUGGAUAAAUGAUAUGAGUGAGCAGGUCCAUCGGAUGAAAAUGCAGCUGGAUCAAGAUGAGGAGGCGCUUGGACAGUUGAUGGAUCUGUAUCGCCGGGGUUUUCAUGGGCUUUCUUGA